CAGGUGGGGACGAGCCGGGCGGCACCUGCCCCGGGACCAGAGCGGACCUCCUUCCGCGCUGCGCCGAGUGAGGGGAAACCCGAGGGGUUCCCUGGAGAAGGUGGUGCGUCCUGGGGCUGCAGCUGAGGAAGAAAGACGCAGUGCCCCGAAGCCCCUGAACUGAAAAGGGCCAGAAAGGGGGCGGCAUGGCAUGGCCCAAACUGCCCGCACCUUGGCUGCUGCUCUGCACUUGGCUCCCAGCAGGGUGCCUGUCCUUGCUUGUGACAGUCCAGCACACAGAACGCUAUGUCACCCUGUUUUCUUCUGUCAUCCUCAAAUGUGACUACACCACCUCUGCCCAGCUCCAGGACGUGGUGGUGACAUGGCGCUUCAAGUCCUUCUGCAAGGACCCUAUCUUUGACUACUACUCAGCGUCAUACCAGGCAGCUUUAUCCCUGGGCCAGGACCCAUCCAACGACUGCAACGACAACCAGCGGGAAGUUCGCAUCGUGGCGCAGCGGCGGGGGCAGAAUGAGCCUGUGCUGGGGGUAGAUUACCGGCAGCGCAAGAUCACCAUCCAGAACCGAGCAGAUCUUGUGAUUAAUGAAGUGAUGUGGUGGGACCACGGAGUGUAUUACUGCACCAUUGAGGCUCCAGGGGACACAUCAGGAGACCCCGAUAAGGAAGUAAAGCUCAUCGUCCUGCACUGGCUGACCGUGAUCUUCAUCAUCCUGGGAGCCCUCCUCCUCCUGCUGCUGAUUGGAGUGUGCUGGUGCCAGUGCUGUCCUCAGUAUUGCUGCUGCUACAUCCGCUGUCCCUGCUGUCCCGCCCGCUGCUGCUGUCCUGAGGAAGCCCUGGCCCGCCACCACUACAUGAAGCAGGCCCAGGCCCUAGGUCCUCAGAUGAUGGAAAAACCCCUGUACUGGGGGGCGGACAGGAGCUCCCAGGUUUCAUCUUAUCCAAUGCACCCGCUGCUGCAGCGAGAUUUGUCCCUGCGGUCCAGCCUCCCUCAGAUGCCAAUGACCCAGACCACCAAUCACCCUCCCAUCACCAAUGGUGUCCUGGAGUAUUUGGAGAAAGAACUGCGGAACCUCAACCUGGCGCAGCCUCUGCCCCCUGACCUCAAAGCCAGAUUUGGCCAUCCCUGCAGCAUGCUGUCCUCCCUGGGCUCCGAGGUCGUGGAACGCAGAAUCAUCCACCUGCCCCCACUGAUCAGAGACCUGUCAUCCUCAAGGAGGACCAGUGACUCCCUGCACCAGCAGUGGCUCACCCCAAUUCACUCCAGGCCCUGGGAUCUGAGAGAUGGGAGAAGGCAGCACCAUUACCCUGAUUUCCACCAGGAGCUCCAGGACCGGGGGCCAAAGUCUUGGGCAUUGGAAAGAAGAGAACUGGACCCAUCGUGGAGUGGAAGGCACCGUAGCUCUAGACUGAAUGGGUCACCCAUACACUGGUCAGACAGGGACAGCCUAAGCGAUGUCCCCUCGUCCAGCGAGGCACGCUGGCGGCCGAGCCACCCUCCUUUCAGGAGCCGCUGUCAGGAGAGGCCCCACAGGCUCAGCCCCCGGGAGAGCACUCAGAGGCACGGGAGACGACGCAGGCACCGCAGCUACUCUCCUCCCCUGCCCUCCGGCCUCAGUUCCUGGAGCUCUGAAGAGGACAAGGAGAGGCAGCCCCAGAGCUGGGGGGCCCAUCGCCGCCGCUCGCACUCCCCACACUGGCCCGAGGAGAAGCCACCUAGCUACCGCUCACUGGAUGUCACUCCAGGCAAGAAUAGCAGGAAAAAAGGGAGUGUGGAGAAGCGCUCGGAGAAAGACAGCUCUCAUAGCGGAAGGAGUGUGGUCAUUUAGUCACCAAGCACACAGCACAACUUCUGUGGCUACUUCUCGGCUUCUACGUGUCAUCAGCAUCACCUAGAUUUCCAGCUGACUUGGGACCUGCAAGUCUGAAUCUAACAGUUUUGGCUUAGAUUCUGAGAAUCAAAUAGAAGAAUUUUAAAUACAAGAUUUUGAGAUUGGGUGUAGUGGCUCACACCUGUAAUCCCAGCACUUUGGGAGGCUAAGGUGAGAGAAUCACUUGAGAC